AUGGUCAAAAUAUCUAAAGAACAGAAAUACUUGACAGAAAGUGCUAAAGGUAUAAUUCAAUCGAACAAACGGUUACAAACUUUUGGUCUUUGUUUUCAUGCAAUCAAUGAAAGAAACAAAGCAAAAAUAAAGUAUCUACAAUGUAAACUAAUUGCUCUAUCUGUAAACAAAUCCAACCAGUUUUCCAAUAAUGACAAAUUACAUCCAGAAAUAGAAAAUCUAUGUUAUAAGUUAAAAGAAAUGUUGAUGGAGCUGAAAUCAAAAAUACAGGAUUCUACAGCAUAUGAGGAAAAACUGAACAGAAUUUUCAAUGAAUUAUCUACAAAUUUUACAAAAAUACAAUAA